AUGCACNCUGAAUUUCUAUCAAAUGAUCAAAUUAAUCCAUUGUUUGAUGCAACUAUUCAAUGUGUUGAAGAAGCCAUAAUAAAUUCUCUAAUAGCAGCUGAAACAAUGGUAGGAUUUGGAGGAGUACGAGUUGAUGCUAUUUCACAUGAUAAUGUCGUCAAAAUACUCAAAAAAUACAAUAGACUUAAUGUUGGUACACAAUAA